GCUCUCGCUCAUAAAUUUAUUGUCCAUCACGAGCUGAAUACACGCCGAGGAGGCGCCGUGUGUCCCUGAGGCGUAGCUACGGUUCUCUCACAUGAACGACGUCGUAUCCUUCGUCAAUUUCAUAUGCCAAAUUGUCCUCAACCGUAAACGCGCAUUGGUUCGGCAGUCAACUUUAGACGAAGACCCUGAUCAGACCGCCGGCGGAGAACAUCUGGGCAUUUGCACUCCCUGCUGCUCAUCUUUCUUAGCUCGUGAACAGUCUAGGCGCCAGGAUAGAUUGACGUAGCGUGUACGUUGUGAAGACAUUAUAAUCCGAUCUACUCUUGCAUUCCUUCAACUACAUCCCGUAGAAUUACUGCUAUUCUUCACAUCGACCUUCUCCAAGACUCCACAUCCGAGGUACUCUAACAACCACAACAAUGGCAAGCUUCUUCCAGCAACUCUUCGCCGGCGAGGUCAACCUCUCCAUCGCCUCGCUGCCCUUGACUCUCCUCCUCGCCGCCAUCCCGCACUGGUACACCAUCGGUCUGGCCGAGAAGAACAAGGUCCAGGGCGGCUGGACCAACGAGAACCCGCGUGCCUUCGUCGCGCGAUUGAACGCGCGCGCUGCCUCUGGCACCAAGCUUACUGCGCUCGAGGAGAAGAUCCUGCGUGGCCAGUCGGCGCAGCAGAACGGAUUCGAGUGGUGGGCCCUUUGGGCCGUCGCGACCGUCUUCGGCUACCUCGCCAAGGUCCCAGUCGCGGACAUGAACCGCUACACCAUCAUUCACGUCGGCACGCGUAUCGUCUACUACUACCUCUACCUGAACACCUCAACCCGCGCGUCAAGCUUGUUGCGCACAGCCGCUUUCCAAGUUAGCUGGUACCCGGCUGUGGCUGUCAUCUUCACUGCUUCCAAGGUGUUGAAGUACUAGAUGAUCGUUCGAUCCGCGAUUGAUUUGUUUGUUUCUGAUUCGACUUGAAUCAUUCGAGGUCGAUAGUGCAAUGCAUUCAAUUAUCCAGCCAUGCUCUCAUCACAGAAAUAACCUUGGAACCCUCCGUUUCUGAUUCUCUGAGUGAAUGCUGGCCAGCUUCGGGAUUUAACUAAUUAUGACAUGGAAAUUCGAGAAUGAUUUUUCCACCAGACGUGGGGAAGGCUCACGACGUAUCUUUCACGUGUAUAGAAACGGAAUCGACUUGUCUUCGAGUUGACACGCCUCCAAUACUUUGAAUCCGCACACAAGUCAUG